AAACUCGUAUGUGAGCAUCCUAAGACAACCACUGUCAUAGAACCAGGAAGAAGGAAGGUGGGAUAGCCCCCAAAAAGAUACCAUUUCAAAUCAGUCGCAGAUUUUUCCCUAGAAAACCAUGGGGCUCUGCAGGUGGACGUUUGAAGUGGUUGUCUUCACGGCUGUUUUUAGUUCGUUUCUGCCAGUUCGAGCAGAUGAACACGAGCACAAGUACACAGAUAAAGAGGAGGUGGUUUUAUGGAUGAAUACAGUGGGCCCUUAUCACAACCGACAGGAGACCUAUAAGUACUUCUCCCUACCGUUCUGUGUGGGAACGAAGAAAACUAUUAGUCAUUAUCAUGAGACAUUAGGAGAGGCGCUGCAGGGGGUUGAAUUGGAGUUCAGCGGUCUGGACAUCAAGUUCAAAGAGGAGGUGUUGCAGACGACGUACUGUGACAUUGAUCUAGACAAACCUAAAAGAGAUGCGUUUGUCUAUGCCAUCAAGAACCACUACUGGUACCAAAUGUACAUAGAUGACCUUCCCAUCUGGGGAAUCGUUGGUGAAGCGGAUGAGAAUGGAGAGGACUAUUACCUCUGGACUUACAAAAAGCUGGAGAUUGGACACAAUGGGAACAGAAUUGUAGAUGUUAACCUGACCAGUGAGGGCAAGGUCAAGCUUGUGCCAAACACAAGAAUUCCCAUGUCAUACUCUGUCAAGUGGAAGAAAUCUGAUGUGAAAUUUGAGGAUAGAUUUGACAAAUACCUUGAUCCAUCUUUCUUUCAACAUAGAAUUCACUGGUUCUCAAUAUUCAACUCCUUCAUGAUGGUGAUUUUCCUGGUGGGCCUUGUUUCAAUGAUUCUGAUGAGGACAUUAAGGAAAGACUAUGCCAGAUACAGCAAAGAGGAGGAAAUGGAUGACAUGGAUCGUGAUCUCGGUGAUGAAUAUGGCUGGAAGCAGGUUCACGGGGAUGUGUUCAGGCCAUCCAGUCACCCGCUGAUCUUCUCCUCCCUCAUUGGCUCUGGCUGUCAAAUCUUUUCAGUUUCCCUCAUAGUCAUCAUUUUGGCCAUGAUUGAGGACUUGUAUACAGAGAGAGGGUCCAUGUUGAGUACAGCCAUAUUUGUUUAUGCUGCUACGUCUCCAGUGAAUGGGUACUUUGGUGGAAGCCUAUAUGCAAAACAAGGAGGAAGGAGAUGGAUAAAGCAGAUGUUCAUAGGUGCUUUUCUGAUUCCUGCAAUGGUGUGUGGCACAGCGUUCUUCAUCAACUUCAUCGCCAUCUACUACCAUGCCUCAAGAGCAAUCCCAUUCGGCACUAUGGUUGCGGUGUGCUGCAUCUGCUUAUUUGUAAUUCUACCUCUGAACCUGGUGGGGACGAUCCUGGGCAGAAACCUCUCUGGACAGCCCAACUUUCCUUGUAGAGUCAAUGCUGUACCCAGACCUAUCCCAGAAAAGAAAUGGUUUAUGGAGCCAGCAGUGAUCGUGUGUUUAGGUGGCAUCCUUCCAUUUGGCUCUAUAUUUAUUGAAAUGUACUUCAUUUUCACAUCUUUCUGGGCCUACAAGAUUUACUAUGUGUAUGGAUUUAUGAUGCUGGUGCUGGUAAUCCUGUGCAUCGUUACUGUCUGCGUCACCAUCGUCUGUACCUACUUCCUUCUCAAUGCAGAAGACUACAGAUGGCAGUGGACAAGCUUUCUCUCUGCAGCGUCAACAGCAGUUUAUGUUUACAUGUACUCCUUCUACUACUAUUUCUUCAAAACAAAGAUGUAUGGCUUAUUCCAGACGUCAUUCUACUUUGGCUACAUGGCUGUGUUCAGCACUGCUCUGGGAAUCAUGUGUGGAGCGGUGGGUUACAUGGGAACAAGUGCCUUCGUGAGGAAGAUCUACACAAAUGUGAAAAUCGACUAAAACUCUGCAGAGACGCAGCGGAAGAGCCGACACUUCCUCCCGAUCGAAGCGGGCACAAAGUCUCCAUUUAUUUUGCAAGAUGAGAUUGUGGUAUCUUGUACAAAAUCUAGUUUUCCAUUUUCUCAAUGAAUUAAACGUUGCGGCAUGAUGCAUACACAAGGGGAAACCGAGAGGUUAAAUAAACAUGACUUUUAAUUUUUUUUUCUUUCUUUUUUUUUUUUUAAAUCGUUGAUGUUUUUUUUCUCUCCAGAGGAAACGCAGGCAGUAAAAGGGGAAAGUACACCACAGCAUUGCUUUUAUUUCUUAGAAAUUCAAUCCCACCCAAAACAACCAUUGAACAGAUCUUUAUUGAUGGAAUGGUCUAGCUCUCUUCAGUGAAGAGGCCAAAGUGUAUUGAGAGCCUUUGUUCUAUUAUAUGAGAAUAUUUUGGAGAGUGGGGUUUACGUCCAUCCUCUUGCUUGUCUGUUUUGUAUUAGAGUCGCCAUUGUUGUGGUAUCGUUUUACGCGCUUGCAAAUCACACCAAAAACACAAUGUGGUUUAAAAUUCCAAAAUAUUUAAUUUCUUUGCUUUUUCCAUAGAUAAAUUGAUGGGAUACGAUGCGAAGCGUCCAAGUUUAGCUCUAGCGUUUGCUUUCCUGUCGCUUGGUACAUCAGAUACACGUCACGAUCCACGGCAGAAUUUAGUGAGACGAUCUGAGAUAGUUUUAAUGGCUUGUGUGACGUGAUGUUUCCUUUUUUCCAGUUUAGUCUUAUGUUGUCGUUUGGGUUUGAAUGAAGUCUGCUGGUAAAGAUAAUAUAUGGAGGGGGUGGCCAUGUAUAUAACCUUAAUAAUGUAACUGUAGAUGUAGAUCUCAAAUGUAUUUUGGUUGUACAGAUUUAUUAAAGGGUGUCUUUUCUUUCUUUUAUGGACAGUCUAAGGUUUAAGGUUUGUUUGUUACUUUAUCUGAAGGUUGGGGUGGCACAUUUGGUUACAUCUUGCCUGAUAUUGCAUGGAUUAUUCACCAAAUCAUACGAUCCAAUUCUAUUUGUUUGUUUGUUUUUAAUCAGAAUUCCACUUUUUUUUAAGGUGACCCCCAUCACUACCCUUGUUCAUUUGCAUCUUGUAGGACGGUCUCAAAAAUAAGUGCUUUGUUGACUUUGUGCUGCUCAUAGAGGAGAUAGUCAUCAGCUUUUUUUAUUAUAAUUUGUUUCGGGGUUUUUUUAAAGAGUUGAAAGGCUAUUCGUUGUCUUGGAUGGCCGAUUCUCUCGUGCUUAUUUUUGUAUCCAUGAUCUGAACCAAAAUUGUGAAUGUCAAGACACAAUUUAGGCACACAUGCUAAAUCUCUGCAGACAUACUGUACAAAGUGAAGUUAUUGUACACUUUACUCGAUGUUUUUCAUGGUCGCUAAGUGCAGACACACUUAGACCAAGCUGUUGUUCUUAUUUUUCUUAUGUUCCAUUGUGUAAAUACAGUAUGUAACUAAAAAAAACGUUUGAGAAGUGGCAAAGCCUUUUUCUAAACCUCAUUUCUCCCAGUUUAAAAAAAAAAAACAUAUUGAUUUCUGGUUCUUCAUGUCAUGUUCCAUGUGAAGUCUGAAGAGACAUUUUAAACACAAUAUUAACUUGCUGUAAAAAGGAGAAAAAAGAAAUAAACAUUGUUUUUGAGGUUAUGUAGGCAUGGUUUAUAUAUGAAGGAACAGUUGUUCUAAUUAAAGAUUUCUGCAGGAGGAGAGCAGAGUCAUUGAAUGGGAACUACAAGAAUCACACACUCUCAGUAUGUAAAACUGAUUGCACUUUUCAAUAGAAUAAACUAAUGGUGGGAUGGCAGCUUCAUAUGUCUUCAACAUAGUGUGUUUGUCAACAUCAAUUGUGAGAUGAUGGCAGUCAUUAAAGAAUUAGGGAUUUAACAAAUUCUACAAUCAA